CUUCUCUUUUUCGCCCGUCUGUAUAAAAACGGGUGACACUUGGGUUUAUUCGUCAGUCAUCCAACAGCUCUGCAGCCUCAAAAUAAUCCUACCCGCUUUGCACUAUCCGUCCACUGGCCAACCAAAAAAUGAAUCCGAUUGUGCUAUUUUUGGCCUGCACCGUGGCCUUCUCUUUGGCUUCUCCAACUAACUAUGCGAGCAGCAAGUCCACAACGUCUUCGGACACUGAACCGGCUGUUUCAAUCUUGAAGCAGAUCAAUCAAAGGAAUGAUGACGGCUCUUACACGUUCGGAUUCGAAGCCUCAGACGGAUCGUUCCGGAUCGAAAACAUGGAUGCGAACGGUUACAUGACUGGCAAAUACGGAUACAUUGAUGCCAACGGCAAACUACAAGAAACAGAAUAUACGGCUGGAAAGAUGUCCGGCCACGCUGUCGGAUUUCAAGCACGGGGAACUCUACUCCCCGAAGCUGGGCGCAAUUCCCAAGCGCUUCCGAUCAUCCGCACAUCCGCCAAAUCGGUGGAGCAGAAAGCUAUAGAUUACGAGUACACGAGCGUUGAUGACGAUGAAGAUGGUUUUCCUGAUUCUUCACCAACCCGCGACAUUAACUACAACGCUGGAGCUGUCCGCGUUUCAUCUGCAGUCAAAGCUUCAGACAACAUCCAGCCAACCGUAGUUCGGGUAGUCAAUCCGCACGUUUCUCCAUUUUUGGACGUCAGCGUACCGACUAAGGCCCGCAAGAACAACCAGGCCGCAAACGUUCGUUUCGUUUCGCCGUCCAAAAAUUCUUACGACAGCCAACCGACAUCCAUCCGCGUUCCCGAUCCGUACGAUGCCACUGUUUCCGACAUCCGCGUGUCAACCCCCACCAAAACGGUUUCUCAACUUGAUAUCUCUAAUGUCCGCGUCCCUGUGAGAAGCUCAUCCCGUCGUACCAACAAUGUAGUUCGCUUUGUCGAUCAGAAUGACGACGCGUACGUUAAGAACACCAACGUUCGCGUUGUGGCUCCAACCCGGAUCUCUUACGAUCAAGCUCCUUCGGCCAUCCGUGCCGUAAACCGAGAAACGGCCACGUACGAGAGCUUUCCGAUUGUCAAGCAAACCGUGGUACCCAGCCAGACCAUCAAGGAGGUUGCUCAAGUGGCGGCACCUGUCGUCCGAUUGGCCUCUUCCGAUUACGGGAAGUCUAGUGGCCGUUUGACUGGCCGAUUGGACGACUUCCUGAUGAAUCUGAAGACGAACAACAGGAAUAGUGGCCAUAGUUACAAUACUCACCAAUCAGGUAGCAGUGAUGUGAUCAUUCAAACUGAUUUCGAUUCGCAAGAAGUGUUCCAGCCUGCCCAAGAUUUCCAGCCGAUUCAGGACGACGCAAUUUCUAUCGAUUCCUUUGGUUUUACACGCAUCAUCUAAAAGCUGCUUCAUCACAAAAAUUCUGUUGAACAUUAGUAAAUUUCAUAAUUUUUUCUUCUUAGUCGAUUGCAAUGUAAUUUCCCGGUGGUUUGCUUCUGUAAUAACUUAUCGCUUCUACAUUAUGUUUGAUAAUGUGUGUGAAACUGCUCGAAUCCUUAUUUCUUCAAAUAGAUUUUCUAGUAUUUUCA